AUGGAAUCAAUGAAGCCGAAUAUACCACCGUUAAAUAUCGCCAAGUCAAAUUCGAAUAUUGAUCACGACAACAAAGAUACGCCCGCUCGCUUUUAUUCCAAUAACGGCCAAUCUGAGAUUACGCCGCCUUUAACGCCCCAGGGAACUCGGGAACAACACAGUAUGGAACAACUCGAAGCCCCGAGGGCAAUCUUUCACAACUACCUCCGCGCGUUCUAUCCUUUCCAUCCUGCCGGCAAUGUCUCGCCAUCCACCGUCACACUGCCUCUUGACCAGGGAGAUAUUAUCCUGGUCCACUCCGUUCACACCAAUGGCUGGGCCGACGGUACCUUGUUAGAUUCGGGAAAUCGGGGCUGGCUACCGACCAAUUAUUGCGAGGCAUACGACCAAUUACCCAUGCGGCCGCUGCUCAAGGCGCUCACCGAUUUUUGGGAUAUCAUUCGUGGAGGAUGCGGGUCAUCAUUAAAGGAUUUUGGAAAUCAAGAUUUAAUGCGCGGUCCCAUUGCCGGUGUCCGGUUUCUUCUGGAAAAAUCGGAGUGCCUGACAAGGGAAUCACCGCUGGUGAAGAAAUACGAUGGAUUACGGAGGAUUCGGAAAGCUCUCUUGUCUGAUCUUUCCUCGCUCGUGAAGACCGCUAAACGCUUUCAAGAAGUGGCCAAUGGUACCCCAGCCGAGGAUGAAGUCGAGGGCAUCUUGGAUGAAAUGCUUCUGAAGGCCUUCAAGAUCGUCACCCGUGGCGUUCGUUUCUUGGAUGUUUGGAACGAGGAAGUUGGUCUCAGCCGCACCAUUGCUGAGAUGGAAGCUGGAGGCGAUCUUAGCCAAUACGAGCUGCCUCCGACGCCAGCCUCCGAGUCAUUCAGCACAGUCGAUACCUCCGCCACUUCGGACAAUGGCACCGAGCGGAAUGAAUCUCGACAGAUGAGCCAUAGCCGGAUGGGCGUGAGCCGGGCAUCGAUGCGCACUGAGAUGCUUGAUCACCCGCGUCCUGUCUCCGUCUCCACUAAGAGGAUAUCCGUCUCCCACCGAGUUUCCUACACCGGCCCCUCGUCUGCCAUCUGCGUUCAGAACCUGGCUUCGGGCCGGUUGGGCACGACCUACGAUGCUUUCCUUGGUGUGCUGGGCUCAUUUAUCGGCCUGCACAUGCAGUCCCGAUCUUCAACCGAGCUGGUGAUCACCACUCAGCAGGCCGUCUCGUCCUGCCGAGCUUUGUUGAAUGUGGUUGAGACAGUCUGCGAGCACGACUCCCAGCGCAAUGUUUCCCUGGACGAGGCUCGCGAUGCGAUGUGCGAGAAGCUCUCGGAGCUGGUCCACGCUGCUCGCGAUGUCUUCCGCCCUGCUAACGCGCAAGAUGAUGAUCUUGUGUUUAUGCCCGAUGAGGGCAAGCGUCUCAUGGAUGCCGCGACGGACUGCGUGCGCGCUGCUGGUAACUGCCUAGCCAAGGCCCGCAUGGUGCUGGAACAGACCGGCGAUAUCGAGCUGGAGGCCAUUGAUGAGGAGGGUGCCUCGUCGACCCAGGUGCCGGACAUUGUCACACCCCAGGCUCAGGAGCCAGAGCAACUGCCACAGCAACCAGAAGAACCAGCCAAGUCGAUGGAGACCAGUGAAUCGACAACACCUGCCGAGGCCGUGCCCCCGCCCGUCGAAAAGGACGACAGCAAGAUGGAGAAACAGGAGCUCUCGUUGCGCCUGCCUCCGCCGCCGCUGCAAAUUCCAAACUCGACCUACUCGCCGUCGACGCCUGGACUGACCGAUGCGACCACCCCCUCCUCCUUCCACUCACAUCUUUCCUCGCACCCCUCCACUCUUUCCUCUCUUCCCAACUCUGCCACCCUCCCCACCCAUUUUGAAAAGAUGUCCCAAUCCUUCUCUUCAUACGAAAGCGGCUAUCGCGAGAGUCACAAGUCCGACGGCGAAUCUUUUGGCCGAGGUGUGACAAGCACGGGUAGCAGCUUCACCUACAACAGCCACACACGCGACUCUGAGAUGAGCGGUGUUUCGCAGACCUCCACCCGGGCUACCUCGCCGGACAUUGGGGGCAGCUUCAGCGGCAGCUUCCAAGGCCCCUCCCUAAAGGAGAGUGUCAGCCACUCGACUUUGGCCGAGGAGAACGAGGAGACCGAGGCCCACCUGCUGGAGAAGACGUUUGCUCACGAACUGGUCUACCGUGAGGGCCAAGUGACUGGCGGCAGUCUGCGUGCAUUGAUUGAGAAGCUCACAGCCCACCAGUCGACCCCGGACGCUGAGUUCGUCUCCACUUUCUACCUCACCUUCCGUCUCUUCGCGACACCCAUGGAGUUCGCCGAAGCUCUUGCCGAGCGUUUCGACUACAUCGGCGAUACUCCUCAUGCUGCUGGUCCAGUUCGGCUGCGCGUGUACAACGUGUUCAAGGGCUGGCUCGAGUCUCAUUGGCGCCACGACCGGGACAACACUGCCCUGGACUUCAUCAUUAACUUCGCCAAGACGAGCCUCAUGAACGACCUUCCCUCGGCUGGCAAGCGUCUGGUAGACCUGGCUGAGAAGGUGUCUGCUGUCCAUGGCCCUCUCGUCCCCCGCCUGGUCUCCUCUAUGGGCAAGACGAACACCGCCAUUGCUCAAUACGUUCCUCCCGAUACCCCUCUCCCUCCCCCAAUCCUCAGCAAGAAGGAAAGCAACAUGUUGAAGCAGUGGAAGGAGGGCGCGGGCUCGAUCACUAUUCUGGAUUUUGAUCCUCUCGAGUUGGCCCGGCAGUUGACUCUCAAGGCGUCUCCCAUCUUCUGCUCUAUCCUCCCGGAGGAGCUUCUCGACACCGAGUGGGCUCGCAAGUCUGGCUCGCUGGCUGUGAACGUCCGCGCCAGCUCGACCCUGUCGACCGACCUCACCCACCUGGUGGCCGACUCCAUUCUGCACCUCGAGGAGCCCAAGAAGCGUGCCGCCAUAAUUAAGCACUGGGCUAAGAUUGCCAGCAAGUGCCUGGAGCUGAACAACUAUGAUUCUCUCAUGGCCAUCAUCUGCUCCCUGAACUCGUCUGCGAUCGCCCGUCUCCACCGGACUUGGGAAAUCGUCUCACAGAAGACCAAGGCCACCGUGGUCCAGCUCUCAACUGUUAUGGAUAGCGGUCGCAACUACGCAGUCCUGCGCCAGCGUCUGCAGAACACUGUGCCGCCGUGUCUGCCAUUCGUUGGAACUUACCUGACUGACUUGACCUUCACUGAUCACGGCAACCCGUCUCUCCGUUCCCUGCCGACGGAUGAUGGCAACACCGCCGUCAUCAACUUCGACAAGCAUAUGAAGACUGCUCGCAUCAUCAGCGAGCUCCAGCGGUUCCAACACCCUUACCGCCUGACUGAGGUCCCUGAGCUGCAAACCUGGAUCCAGAACGAGCUCGUGCGUGUCCGCGCCAAUGCCGAAAUCGCUGCAGGCGCCUACUACCGCCGAUCUCUCGUUCUCGAGCCUCGUCCCUCACAAAGCGCAUCCAAUUUGCAAGCCCAGUCUCAGUCCCAGACCGAGUCUAACCCCCCACCUUCCAUCCUCGACAACGCGAAGGACAAAUUUGACUUCCUCGCCUGGACCCACGCGUCUAAGCCCAAGUCAAUUGCCACCAACGGCUAA